AGACUCCACUGUACACAUCUUGAUCAUGUCUUCUGCGAAGGUUGUUGCUCAGUCGGUCGACAGGUUCGAACCCAGUGAGGAUAGAUCCGGCGAUCUGUCCGACUCGUCUAUAGACGUGGAGUUUCACAAUCAAGAUAUGAACACGGAUAAGACUACCAGAUCGGCGUAUGAUCACAAUAUCACGUUGGAGAUGUUGGAAGCGAAGGCGGAGGGUUUGACGCUGCCGCUGUCGAAUGAAUCCUUCAUGAACGCAUCCAGGUCACGUGUUCCCGAGGAUGUUCGUCUCCGCAUCAACAGCCGGGAACGUGAGCGAAUGCACGACCUCAACUCGGCGUUAGACAGUCUGCGGCAAGUGAUGCCAUACUCACAUGGCCCCACGGUGAAGAAGCUGUCGAAGAUGUCGACGUUGUUGCUUGCGAGGAACUACAUCGUGAUGUUGACGCGUUCACUGGAGGAGAUGAGGAAACUCGUUCAAGACCUGUCUCUGCAGAGAAGUGCACCACCCCUCGGGAUCCCCCCUCACUUCACCCCCACGGUGGACCCCGCCCGCCACGUGUUAGCAUCGCCCUACCACCACCCACACCUCACCCUGCCGACAGCAGCUUUCCAGGCCCCUGGGGUCCCGGGAUUCCCCUGUGCGUGCCCCGAGUGUCAAGUGAAGCCUCACCCCCACCCACAACCCCACCGUCAUACCAAGGAGGGAUGGAAGUCUUGAGACUGGAGUACGUUUAUUAGACGCUAUUUUAUUAUGAGUAAAAUGUCCUAAAGUGAUGACGUUGAAUAACGUCAAGGACGUUGAUUCACAAGCUGUGUAAGGCGAACCAGCAACAACGAGGCGUUCAGUGAGUACGUUGUGUUGUUUCAUGGGCUGAUGCGUCGUAGACGUCGGCGGUUUCGUUACACAAUGAACACUUUAAAGCGAUAAACUGUAAAAGUUGCCAACUAGUGCCUAGAUUGACCUUCUCUUCGUGACGUUCUAGAGGAAAUGAGUUUCAUGAUGUUUUAUCAGUUGUGAAUGUAUAUAAUGGUAUGUAUUUUGUGCCUGAUUGUUAUAAAAUUUUAUUGUUAUUUUGAUA